GGGUGGUGCUUGAAACUGGCUUCAUCAGACUUCCUUAAAACUCUUGGAGCUUUGAGUGCAACUUUUUCUGUGAAACAGCUUUUGGUAUAACUGUUGCUAAGCGUUAAAAUUACCUACGUACAGCUUCUAAGGAUCAACAGGAGAUCAUGGAGUUACAAUAACUGAUUCCACUGAAUGUCUAAGUAGGACUCUUCACCAGAAAAUCCCUGAUGAAACACUGAGGUAGGGAGGAAAAUAGAGGGCAAAAUGAGGAGUUCAGCACAGAGGAUACUCAUUUCUGAGAAUCAUCCCAUCAGCACUGCCGAUUUCAGUGUCUUCAAAGACGUCGUAGUGUUGAAGAGAGGGGGUUUCCACAAUGAGAGAUCGGUUGGAGGAGCUGCAUCAGACAGCUCAGGAGUUGUCAGGGACAACAGCCAACCCUUUCUCAGAGGAGGGUGAUGAUGAUGAUGAAUCUGUGGAAGCCGGGACCAUUACACAGCAGGCCGUGGUGUUUGAGGAGGAACCAGUCAUUCAGAAUUUCCUCUCCGAGGCUCAGCAAAUCAGAGAUGACAUCUCCACGCUUGAAACAGAGGUCCUGAAGUUCUGUCAGCAGCAGAAGACCCUGGUGGCAACCAUGCGUCGCUUCAGCGUGAUGAAGAAAGAGAGCAGCAUAACACGAGACAUCAAGCUGCAGGCCGAAAGCCUCCACCGCCGUUUAGACGGCCUUUCAAAACAAGCCCAAAGAACUGAAGACCAGCUGGGAACCAAUGCUGUCGCAGUGAGAAUACAACGCUCCCAGCAUGCAGCUCUGCAUCGCAGAUUUCAGCAGGUGAUGCGCCAGUAUAAUGAAGGUCUGCUGACCAAGCAGGAUCGUUGUAAGCACUUCAUUAUGCGGCAGCUGGAGAUAUUGGAAAAGAGUGUAACAGAGGAGGAGGUGAAUGAGAUGGUCGCCACAGGAAAUUGGGAGGUGUUCAACGAGAACCUGCUAAAUGAUGUCAGAAUCACACGGUCACAACUGUCUGAGAUCGAACAGCGACACAGGGAACUCUUGAGCUUGGAGAACAACAUGAAAGAACUAAGAGACCUCUUCAUGGAUAUCUUCAUGCUUGUAGAGGAACAAGGGGCUGACAUUGAACACAUUCAAACUAAUGUUGAGCGAACACAAGAUUACGUGGCUGCAACUAACGAGAAGUUCAAGGCGGCUGCAAGAUAUAAGAAGAAGAACCCGAUUCGACAGCUGUGCUGCUGCUGCUGUCCUCCCUGGAGAUGCUGCAUGUGACACAAGAGCGUUUUGUGCCUGAGAGUUCGUUCCAAAUAAGGUUUUAUUUCAAACACUCGUGACUAACUUGGAAGUCAGCGACACAAGUGACAUUAAAAGGAGGGUAAAGGUGUCGAAGUUGUUGCUGCUGCUAAAAAAGAGCAAUGGUGAGUAGAGACGCAGCAGAGCACAGAAAACAAUUAGAGAGCAGGGCAGGAAUUGCUAUGGGAAGGUACUUGUUUCUUUCAGGAGGAGGCGAAGCGACUGCGAUUGGAAGAGACAGUUCAGUGAGUUCUGCUCACCAACGUUGUUGCUUAUUGGAGACCUUCACUGUCAUCUGACAGAGGUCACAAACAAGAGGAGGCUACUGACACUGCUGGAUCAGCAAAAACAAUACUCCAGCCCUUCUUCUCGAAAAGUGAAGCACUGUUUUUUUUUUCCCCCUCUGCCAUAAGAAUUCGAAUGGGGAUAGAAUUGUUUUUUCAAAACAUGCACUUUUCUUUUUGGGGGGCAUGAAGCAAAAUUUUCUCAUAAUGAGGAGAAUUUUAUUUUCAGAAAAAAAAAAAAAAAACAACAACUUUGCAUUAAUUUUAUUUUUGGCAACGUGUUGAUUUAAAAAAAAAGCAUGAAUACAUGUACUGUAUUUCAAGUAAUAAUCAUUUUUAAUUGUACUAAUUUAUCCAAUUUUGUGUGAGCAGAAUACAAACAUUUCUGGCAUGACAAAAACCUUUGGUUAGUAGUCACCAGCCAUUUAAAUGAAAUGUAAUACAUCAAUCUUUGUGUCUGAUAUACAUUUUAAAUUUGCAUGAAAACUGUGAGACCCCAGUCAGCAUACUAAGAUGUGUUUUAUUAUAUCAGUGAGUGAAAAAGGGAGUAGUGGCUUCGGGGAAAGACGCCUAAAUUCUGGGAAUUUUAAAUUUAUCUCAUAAAUAGAAUCAAAACACCCAUAACUACUGACUGACUUAUCUCUUACCAUUUUCUUGGAUUCAGCUAUGACUGAUAAUUCACAACUUCAGCAAAGUAAUGGGAAAUCCAGUGCUGAGUAAUGCAUUCAUCAUCGGUCUGGUGAACCGUCCUCUACCCAGACAUGACGAUGGCGUUCCUCUGUGACUCAGCGGCCGACGGUGUCCGGUGUCCACGGCAAAAUACAGGUGCAGCUGGAUGUGUGAGUGAGAGCCAGCCUGGAAAAUCCAGUUGGACCACUUUUCCCAGGAUAUGUUGGGAAAAGUGUAUAAACAGAACUGUUAACCUGAAGCAGACUGCUGAAGACGUCUCUGCUCCUCUGCUGAUGAAUGUUUUGGUUCCUUAUGAUUCCAUCUCACAAACAUUGAAAUAAAUAAAGGAUUACAUAUUU